AUGAGAGAGAAACUAGAGAGAGGGUGGGAGAGAGCGGGAAGUCGAGGGGGUAGCAUUCGACGAAGAGAGAAUGGUGGAAAGGCUGCUGGCGCAAGUGAUGGAGAUCAAGGCUGGAUUACAGUUACAGGAAGAAGAAAGAGGAAUGUCACUUCAUUCUAUUUCUCACACUUUCCCGACAACUUUGAUGCCCAAUCUAUGUGGGGAGUUUUUGGAAAGUAUGGAAAAGUUAAGGAGGUUGUGAUUCCUAACAGGGUGAACCGAGCGGGUCUACGUUUUGGCUUCGCCAGAUUCUGGGAUGUGGUGGACUGCAGGUAUAUGGAAAGGUGGCUGGAUAAUAUUUUGAUUGGCAAUUUGAAAUUGCAUGUGAACUUACCCAGAUUUCAGAAAGAGAAUGAGGUAACUGGUAUGAAAGCUAAGGGGCAGAGAUUUCAAGAUGGGAGGCGGACAGAAUCGCUGAAUCACGCAGUUGCAGCGGUGCACAACCUGAAACAGGGACGGCCUUGUAUUGAGCAUGGUAUCCAGGGAGGGGGCGGUGGAUCUUCCUCCUACAAGAAUGCCUUGAUGGAUGGCAACAAGGGCAAGAGCAUCAAGAAACCAGCAAGUUUUUCUCUUGAUGAGAAAGAACUGGAGUUGGGGAAGGGCUGUUCAAUUGAGAUAGAGGAAAAAGUGGAACCAUGGCUACAAAAUAGUUUGGUGGGGAUUAUUAAGGAUGUUACUCUGUUAAACAACAUUCAGGAUAUGUUUGUUCUUGCAGGAGGAUUGCACUAUGUUAGGGCACGUUAUCUUGGCGAUAACAUGGUAUUAUUAACAGGGGAGGAAGGAGCAGAUGUGAAUGAAAUUUGGGGACAAUCAGGGGAAUGGUUUGAUGAACAUUUCUCUGCAAUUUACCCAUGGAGAUCCGACCUUACGCCAGAGAAAAGAUUAAUUUGGUUAAGGUGUGAGGGUAUCCCCCUUAAUCUAUGGAAUGAGAAAUUUUUUCAAUCUGUAACAAGGGAGAUUGGGGAAUUAAUAGCAAUUGCAGGGGAAACAACCUAG